UUAGCGCGCAGCUUGUACUCAUCUCCCUUCAUUUCGUCAGGACUGUCUCAAAUGGUGUGUGGGCAGUCGUGAGAAGGUGAAAGACCAUUGGUGCUACAUGCGGGUGACAUGGGAAGGACAGGAACAAGCAGCAGCAUCGUCACCACCAUCACAUCCGUCAACUACAAUGGGUGGAUCCAUUGUCCAUGAUGGAUAUUGCCGAUAGUGGGGUUUGCGUCAGCCUGGCUGGGGAUUGGUGCAGCCAGCAGGCCCACCCAGCGAUAAGCAAGCAAGGCGCGUCGGAGUCCGCAGGAGAUUGGCCUGGUGAGGGGCACUCUUCAUAUCGCGCCAUGAUAGGGUGCACAACUCGGUCAGGCACCUACUGGGAGUGGCUAUCGUCGCCGUCGGUCUCCUUGAAUUUUAUAUUGACUUUCAAGUUAGCUUUCAUGUUGAGGAAUCAAGUCCGAGCAGGCAAUUUAGCGCUCGGCGUGGCUCAAGCCAUCCGCUUCGCUACCCAUCGCAGGAACCCUAUGGGAGAACUCUAUUCAAGGUGGAAUGUCCAGCAUGCGCAUCAGACGGGGUUGCAGAAGUCCAGAGGUACAAUGCGGUUGAAACAUGACCAGUCUGAUGACAUUCUCCCAACUGCAAGGGCCCUCACAGGCCCAUGUCAGCCCGCGAACCUAGUCAAGUGUCACCAAGAGAUGAUCACAAAAGGCUUGAUUCUGUCAAGCUCAGAUCGGCAAAGAUAGGCAGUGGAGUGCCCUACAGGGACAGUCAACCGUGAUUUGUGCUACUGACAUGAUCAGUAUGGCAGUCUGGACGGAGCAAUGAUCUUCAUUCCGGUUAAAUGUAUUCAAUCCAUGGAUGUUG